UUGAAUUCUUCGCUUGCCCACAGCCCCCGUGCCGAUUCAGCUUGGAAGUCACUCGAAGGUUUUUUUGAUGGCUUUGAAUCGAGCUUCAUGGCAUUUCUUGACUCAGAAGAAGCCACAGGAAUCACAUCAAGACAGCCUCUCCUUGUUCCUAUUGGGUGUGAGGACCAAUCCAAAGAGCUUUGAAGACUUCAUACAUCGGAGCCGCAAUGAGACGUUCCCCGAGUUUUUCUUUCUGGAGGAUCCAAAGUCUUUUGAAGAGGCCCUCGGCGAAGAUCCAAACAUCAAAGCAAUGCGUAGGCUGCGUAGCUUCGGUACAUUGAAGCACUGCGAAUCCGAGAAACCCUUGGGUGGCAACCCCGCAGUGUUGCAGAGUUUUGCUGGAAGCAUUGCUCGUCGUGAUCCGAGCAAUGGUCGUGUAGAUUGGGAGGCCUCGACAAGCUAUAAGCUGUGGGACAAGCCAGCAUGAGUAUAGUUGGUUUCGGGCUGAGCAAAGGCUGAUCAGGAUGAGUAAUUAGAUGUGCAGGUACCAGAAGGUUAUUCCCUUUCAAAUCCUACAACCUUCUUUUCGUGAGCCCCCUUCGUCGGAGACGAAGCACUUGAAAUUUAUUUUGGGUUGACUCUUGAUACCGCCAUGGUUCAGAAACCUUUUGGCCAGCUUUGGCCGAUCAGAGAUCGUCUUCACAAACGCCGUAAAACCGGCGACUGCAUCUGACGUAAGGCAAUAUUAUGUGGAAUGGC